CUCUGUAUCCAUCUUUCUCUCCAAAAAGAAAAUAAAAUGCAACUUCAAUUCCUUGCUGGGCUCUUGUUUUUGUCAACCCAUCCUGCAACUCCACUGAAUUUCAAUUUCCCCAGCUUUCCCAACGGUAUCAGCAACAUAUCUCUAGACGAGCAAGCUUUUAUCAGAGACCAAUUCAUCCAACUCACCAGUAGCGGAGCUGCGGACGAUAGCAAGAGUAGAAACCUCGGCCGAGCCCUACUACAAGCCCUUUCUCCUCCGCCAAAGAGCCACCGGAAAGCUGGCCGAUUUCACAACUAACUUCACGUUUGUCAUUGAUUCACAAGGCAAGCACAAACACGCCAAUGGGCUCACUUUCUUCCUAGCUCCAUUCACCUACAACCGAAUGCAAGGCAUGGACGGAGGGAGGUAAGGCCUGGUUGGGGCACAUGCCCCCUCUCAUCCCUUUUGUUUCAUAACAAAUUAUUCAAUUAAAAUCAUGCUUUACGGAUUAUUCAAUUAAUCAUAUUAAAAUAAUAAAAAUCCUCUUUUAGUUUUUAAAUAUCUUUCCGUCUUGUAUGUUUUUCUCACGCACUAAUGUCUAAACCCUGUUGAGUUGCAUGUACUUAAUUAAUUAGUACAAAUGAGCAUUAGAUUGUCAACAAUUAAAGACAAAAUUAGACAAUAGAGUAAUAAAAUUAAGCAUUGUAAUUAAUUUUUUCAGCAUUUGUAAAAGAAAUAGCUUUAUUUGUCCAAAAAAUAAGCUCAAAUUUUUGAAGAUGCUCCUUCUUAGUUAAAUUUCUAGUUUCGUCCUGAUGCAAGGACAAGCCGUGUUAGGAUGGACCUCCCCUACCCACCAUACGUGGAGGUUGAGUUCGACAUCUACCAGAAUAAUCAGUCAGACAUUAACGAUCCCGUGGGCGAACAUGUAGGUAUCGACAUCAACUCUGUCAUGUCUAAAAUUACCAUGCCAUGGAAUGGUAGCAUUGUGGAUGGAAAAAUCAACAGUGCUAGGGUUAAUUAUGAUUCCACGGCAAAAAAUCUCAGCGUGGCUUUCACUAGUUAUGUGAAUGGAAUUCAAGUGAUGAGGUAUCUUGAUUACAGUGUUAAUGGAAUUCAAGUGAUGAGGUAUCUUGAUUACAGUGUUAAUGUGAAUGACUACUUGCGGGAUAGGGUCAUUGCUGGCUUCUCCGCUGCAACCGGCGAUAAUAUGCUGCCCUGCACCGGAUCAUUUUCUCCUCUACAUAAGUCAGGAAAGGGCAAAAAUAUAGGAAUCGCUGUAGGGAUAGGUGUUGGGGGAUUUUUAGGAGGAUCUAUUCAAUUGAGAAUUUGAGAGAUUUUGAUAGAUUUAUAAAUCCAUGAAUUUUUACGAAGUUUAACUGA